AUAACGUCAUUAGGUGACUUGAGCUGAAUAUAUCUGAAAGUCCUUAACACUAAUUUGAUGUGACGGCGGGUACUGACAGUUCGUUAGUGUUCUGUGUUACGUCUGCUCUCGGUACUUCUCGAGUGAAUCUGUGUUAAAGUGUUUCGAUAUGGCAGACUAGCAACCAAGUGACGUCAGUAACAGUGGAAUAAAAACAAGGCAGAAGUCGAGAUGCAGCAGAAAACUCUGCGUUUUUGCGCGGCGCUUGGAGUUUUCCUGGCCUUGUCGUCUUUUGUGGACACCCAAGAAGUCGUUUUUAUAUCUGAUGAUGACAUUAAUCCAGUUGAAACGGGCGCGCUGACCUCCAGUGACGCAUUCGGUCAAGAGCUACAAGGACGGGCUGACAGAGAGAAGAGGAAGGUUUUGGAGCCGAUUGUGGGAGCAAGUUUCGGCAUCAAGUCUGCACUCCUUAAUAUCAUCUUCGGGAAAGUGAAUCAGUUCAUCGACUACAAGACGAGACUAGUUGGUGAGCUAGACAAGAAGAACAUCGCGCUUAACAAGGUGUACGGUCUGUACGGGCAGAAACCAUGCGACACUCCUGCCCAAACCACGGUUAAACCGGCCGGAUCCACCACGACAGAGGACAUUGCGGACAUUGACAGCACGCGCGUUUCUCUAGACCUUCCCGGGGAAUUAUUCGGUUCCUCGUUUUCACUGAUCACCAGAAUAUCGAGAAUCAUCAGUGACGUCAUUCUGAACACGGCAGCACGUACACAGAGGCUAGUAGAGGCAGUAAAACCGACAUUUGGAAAAGUUCUGGGUAUUAAAACAACACCGAGAAAACCUCCGACAACUGCCACCAGUAGCGCUAGCAGUAGCAGUAGCAGCAGUGCAAGGAACAGUAGAAGUAAUAUUGAAAGCAAAGUUUCGACGGACUCUGAUCCUUCGGUGUCGCAGAAUUUAGUGGACUUGGGAAGCUAACAGAAGAGGAGCGGUCUGUUGUCAGCCUUAGUCAGUUUGUUUUCAUAGUUCCUUAUCCAGUGAGUUUCGUUUUGUUAAUUAUCUGUUUCUUUGAACCCAGAAUACAACAUAUCGUAUAAUAUGUAAUGUUCACCCAAUGUAAUAGCAUUCCCUGACCUGUUAGAUUAUAAAUAUUGACCGUUCCAUUAAAUAACACACAAUAAAA